AUGACGACCCAGAUCGUUUCCCAGCCCUCCGAGGAUGGGCCCGUUAUCAUGGAGCGAAAGACAAAGGGCGGCCUAACCCUUCAGUACCGAUUGACUGUCUUGCAACAGCCUGAACGCGCCCGUGCUUGCGGAUCUGGUUCCAAGUGUAAGCCAUCCAUCCACCCAUCUUGGUCUACUGAUCUGGAUCUUGAAAGGUUUGAAGAGCGGGUGACUAACAUGACUUUGCGCAUUUUCGAGCUGGGCUCCAACCCCAAUGAACCCAAGGAUAUCACUUUUAACUACAAUGCCAACUUCUUCCUCUUCGCGACUCUCGAACUCGCUAGGCCCAUGGCCCACGGUCGUGUUCAGACACCCGCCGCUACCGCCACGCCUGUUUUGACUGGUAUGCCUGUUUCGGGCAUGGCCUACCUCGACCGACCCGCAGAGGCCGAUUACUUCUUGUUCCCCGAUCUCUCAGUCCGCCACGAGGGCCGCUACAAGCUUUCGUUCAACCUCUACGAGGAGACCAAGGAGGAGAAGUACUUUGACGACGAGGCUUCGGAGGCGAAGAACUCACCGAUGAAUGCCUCUUUCUACUGGAGGAUGGAGGUCAAGUCUCAGGCCUUCAACGUGUACAGCGCGAAGAAGUUCCCCGGCCUCACUGAGAGCACCGCCCUCAGCCGAACUGUCGCCGACCAGGGCUGCCGAGUCAGGAUACGACGUGAUGUCCGCAUGCGUCGCAGGGAUGGAAAGCCUUCCGGCGGUGACUUCAAGAAGGAGGAAGAUUACUCGCACCGACCCAGCGCCCGCACUCCCGAGAGACAGCAACCCCACGACUACCGGCAACGAUCGUCGAGCGCCGCCAGCGAACAUAACAGGACUCCUUACCCGGCCCCGCCCCAACGCCGGCCCUCGGUUGCCGAGUCGUACCCUGCCGGUCCUACGGCACCCCCGCCGCCUGGUUACGGUCCCAGUGGCCAGCACCUCGGUUUCGGAAACAACACCCCUCACCUUCCUCCCCAGCAGUACAACAACACCCAGCCCCCGCCAGCCUCGCCCACCACGGCGUACCCCAAUGGAUACGGAAGCCGACCUGCCUCACAAUCGUUUGGCUCUGCCACCAGCUACGACGACCGUUGCGCGCCCAACGGCUUUGUUCCUCCUCGCCUCAUCACGCCGAGAAGCGUGAGGAUAGCCGACGCCAAGGCCAGCCACACGCUUCCUUCGAUUAGCCACCUCUUGAACCACAGCGAGCAGGAUAACUCUGUUGUUGCGCCUCGCAAGGCUGCGGCGUACAACCCUACGACGCGCAUUGAGGCUGACAUCAUCGCUGUCGACCCCAACCCUCACGACGAGCCUGAGCCCUUCGUACCCACCGGCUCCAAGAGGCGGUACCAGGACUCUCCUUACGAAGAGUCUCUCCGCAACGGGAAGCGGCCGGCCGACGUUGACACCGCUCCUGCGCCACGCCACAACCGCAUCGAUUAUCCCCACGGCCUCAGUGCCCGGAGAGCCAAUGGCUCCUACACCAUGUUCCACGACGGCCCUUACUUCUACUCGUAA